AUGGCUCCCAAGAAGAGGCGCGGGGUCGGGCGCAAACAGGUGGGCGACAAUGCGGAGGUCCAGCUCACCGAGCGCGCGCAGUAUCUGCUGCGCGAGUACUCAUUGCUCUCGGACAAUCUGGUGGCCUGUGAGCAGUGGGUGGACCAGGUGCUGCAGGACAAUGCGUUCCUGGACCGCGAGGCGCUGCGCUUACGCGAAGAAAACCGGCUUUACGCCAGUUAUGUGAGCACGCACGCGCAGCGCUGUGCCAACACCAUCGUGCGUCUAGAGGACCAGAACCGCGUGGACCUGGCACAUAUCCGGUGGCAACGAGCCGAGCUGGCAUCACUUUAUCACGGGCGCGAGGAUGGGGUGCGUGCACAGCUGAUGGAAAUGAAGAGGCGCGCGGAAAACAUGACACAGCAGGUUCAGGAGCUGCAACCCUACAAGGCCAGUGAGCGCGUCCGGGGACCGGGCGGGGUCGAGAGGGAUGGGCGCGCUCCCACCCGUGCGCUGAUCCGCGCUCGCUGCAGGAACUGCAGCUAGAGCAGAUGGCGCGAAUCCGGACCCUGGAGCGCGAGCUCCUGCACAUGCGCGUGGAACACACGCAGCUCCUCCAUCGGGUGA